GUAUAGUCGUCACUUCCGCCCCGGCUCUGACUCCAGCUUGCAUCAUUUCCCGUGUCUCGGCGGUGGCAGACAACAUACGGACACCAUGGUGGAGCCAGUCCCUGUGUCCAUCAGCUUUCCUGCAGAGGAGGAGAAGAUCCUGAAGUUUUGGCAAGACAAAGACUGCUUCCAGGAAUGCCUCAAGCAGUCCAAGAACAGGCCCAAAUACACCUUCUAUGACGGCCCUCCCUUUGCCACGGGUCUCCCCCACUAUGGUCAUAUCCUAGCCGGCACCAUCAAGGACAUUGUUACUCGCUUUGCCCACCAGAGCGGCUUCCAUGUGGACCGGCGCUUUGGCUGGGAUUGCCAUGGCCUGCCUGUGGAGUAUGAGAUUGAUAAGACUUUGGGGAUCAAAGGGCCUGAAGAUGUGGCCAAGAUGGGCAUCGCCGAGUACAACAAGCAAUGCAGGAACAUCGUCAUGAGAUACUCCAACGAGUGGGAGAACUGGGAAAUGUGGAAGAAGCUCAAAUCAGAUAACACCACAGACAAGACCUACAUCAUGAUGGAGGCCAGGCUCGGAGCUCUGUUUAAGUCAGAGAGCGAGUACACGCUGCUGGACAAAUUUCCUGGCAAGACUCUUAAAGGGAAAAAAUACAAGCCUCUCUUCCAGUACUUUGCCAAGUGUGGGGAGAAGGGAGCGUUCCAGGUGGUGACCGAUAACUACGUCAAGGAGGAGGAGGGUACAGGAGUGGUACACCAGGCACCUUACUUUGGAGCUGAUGAUUACAGGGUGUGCACUGAAUACAACAUCAUCCAGAGGGACCAGGCUCCUAUCUGCCCUGUGGAUGCCUCGGGCUGCUUCACGUCAGAGGUCACUGACUUUGCGGGACAGUAUGUCAAAGACGCUGACAAGAACAUCAUCAAGUGGCUGAAGGAGGAGGGCCGUCUCGUCAAUGCCAGCAAUUUCAAGCAUAGUUACCCCUUCUGCUGGAGGUCUGACACCCCCCUGAUCUACAAAGCCGUCCCCAGCUGGUUUGUCCGGGUGGAGCACAUGGUGGACAAACUCCUCGACAACAAUGGAAAAUGCUACUGGGUUCCAGACUUUGUCCGUGAGAAGCGUUUUGGGAACUGGCUGAGAGACGCACGUGACUGGGCCAUCUCAAGAAACCGUUACUGGGGCACACCUAUCCCGCUCUGGGUCAGCGAUGACUUUGAGGAGGUGGUGUGUGUGGGGUCCAUGGCCGAACUGGAGGAACUGUCCGGAGUCAAAGUAACUGAUCUGCAUCGGGAGAGCAUUGACAGUAUUACCAUCCCGUCACGUUGUGGUAAAGGCACGCUGCGGAGGAUCCUAGAGGUGUUUGACUGCUGGUUUGAGAGCGGCAGCAUGCCGUACGCCCAGGUCCACUACCCCUUUGAAAACAGGAAGGAGUUUGAGGACACUUUCCCUGCUGAUUUCAUCGCCGAAGGCAUUGACCAGACGAGGGGAUGGUUCUACACCCUGUUGGUGCUCUCCACAGCCCUGUUUGGCAAACCACCCUUCAAGAACGUCAUAGUUAAUGGCUUGGUACUUGCCAGCGAUGGACAGAAGAUGAGCAAACGUAAGAAGAACUACCCCGAUCCGGGACUGAUAGUGCAGAACUAUGGAGCCGAUGCCCUCAGACUUUACCUCAUCAACUCUCCUGUCGUGAGAGCAGAGAACCUGCGUUUCAAAGAGGAGGGUGUGCGGGACGUGUUGAAAGAUGUCUUCCUCCCAUGGUAUAAUGCCUAUCGUUUUCUGGUGCAGAACGUUCAAAGGCUACAGAUGGAGGAUGAGAUUCAGUUUCUGUACAACAAGAACACGGCAAAGCAGAGUGAUAACAUCAUGGACAAAUGGAUUCAGUCCUUCACACAGUCGCUUAUUCAGUUCUUCAAGGCUGAGAUGGAUGCUUACCGCCUCUACACUGUCGUGCCUCGCCUGGUCAAGUUUGUGGACAUGCUCACCAACUGGUACGUCAGAACCAACAGACGCCGCCUGAAGGGAGAGAGUGGCACUGAGGACUGCCUGUGGGCGCUGGAAACCCUCUUCAGUGUUCUGUUCUCCAUGUGCAGGCUGAUGGCUCCAUUCACACCCUUCAUCACGGAGAUGAUGUACCAAAAUCUGCGUCACCUCAUCGACCCUGCCUCUGUCGACGACAAGGACACCAGCAGUAUUCACUAUCUCAUGAUGCCCCAAGUCAGCGAGAGUUUGAUCGACAAGCGCAUUGAGAGCGCCGUCUCUCAGAUGCAGUCUGUGAUUGAGCUGGGCAGAGUGAUCAGAGACAGGAAGACCCUGCCCGUCAAGUACCCACUGAAGGAGGUGGUGGUUAUUUACCAGGACUCAGAGGCUCUGAAAGACAUCCAGUCACUGCAGAAAUACAUCCUGGAAGAGCUAAAUGUGCGACAGUUGACCCUGUCAACAGACAAGGACAAGUACGGCAUCAGUCUGAGAGCUGAGCCGGACCACAUGGUGCUGGGGAAGAGACUAAAGGGGGCCUUCAAAUCUGUCAUCGGUUCUAUCAAGGAGCUCACCAGCGAACAGCUAGAGGCCUUCCAGAAGACAGGUACCAUCGUGGUGGACGGCCAUGAGCUUCAUGAAGAGGACCUGAGGCUGAUGUACACCUUCAACCAGAGCUCAGACUCCGCUGCACAGUAUGAAGCCCACUCUGAUGCACAGGUCCUUGUGCUGUUGGAUGUCUCUCCUGACCAGUCCAUGGUGGAUGAAGGCGUUGCCCGAGAAGUCAUCAACCGAAUUCAGAAACUACGCAAGAAGGGUCAUUUGGUGCCAUCAGAUGAGAUAGCUGUGUACUACCGCUGCCAGCCAGAGGGGGAGCACUUGGACUCUGUCAUCCAGGCUCACACUGACUUCAUCCUGGCGACCACCAAGGCUCCGCUCUUGCCCUUCCCUGUUCCCAACACUGCCAGUGUCAUCAUAGAGGAAAAGACUCAGCUGAAGGGUGCAGACUUGGAGUUGGUCAUUGUGAAGGGAUCCUCAGGCCCUCGGGUCUCACUAAAUGGACCAGCUUGCACCUAUGUGAACCUCAGGGUGAAGGUCAGCAGCAAAGAACAAGAGGGAGUGGUGCUGCUGGAGAACCCCAAAGGAGACAACAGAGUAGACCUGCAGAAGCUGAAGAAAGUGUCCAGCAGCAUCUUUGGAACAAACAACACCCAGCUCAGAUUCUUCAACAGCGGAACUGAGUUGACCAGCAAAACGGACCUCCAGUCUUUGAGUGGUAAAACUUUGACAGUAACUUCAGGCUCUUCGUCCCCCGGCCCCAUCCCCACCACCGAUGCCCUCCUGUGUCCUUACGUGAAUCUGCUGCUCUGCAAUGCACAGCCGGCUGAAUGCCAGACAGGAGAGGUGGGCACCCUCCUGCUGGUGAACCCAGUGGGACAGAAUGGGCUCGACUACUCAGGCCUCCUGUCUGAAACUGCCAAGGUGUUUGGCCUUCGCAGCAGAUGGCUCAAACUCUACCUGGACCAGGACCUCACUCAGGAGCUGCCAGCUGAUUCAUCAGUUAAAUCUCUCAACACCAAGACUCUGUUUGUGAAAGUUCUUCCUACAACAGCCGAAGCAUAAAUCCUGAGAAGCCAUCCGAGGAUCUUUCCAUCAACAUUAGUCUCAGAUAUAUCACAGGUUCCUGGAAAGUUUUUUUGUACCUACUAUAAUCCCAGUACCCUCAUCUACUGAUGUACUGUGGAUUUAUGACAACAUAAUGCGUGCCAUGUGUUUAAAUGGUUAUUUGGACAUGCUGAUGUAAAGCAGGUUCUGUUACCUAUAGCGUCACUAUCACACAUGUCCUGAAAUAUCCUCUUCCUGCAGAAAAUUAGCAUGACUAAAGAUGCCUUGAGAGAUUUAUCUGUUGAAACACAAUUUGAGACGUGAAAAUUACUGUUCUCCCUGAUGAAGUUUGUUUCUUUCUCUCUCUCUCUCAUCUCGUCACUGGUUCAAAGACGUGACAGUUUUCUAAGAAAGCACAAUGUGCCAGUGAGCUAUAUUUAUUCUGGACAGAGAUUUACACCGUUAACUACAAGUGGGUGCACUUCAACAAUAGAGGGACUGUUCAUACGCUGAGCGGCUGGACAGGUGUGUGAAAGUGUGAAGUUGUCGGUCAUGGGAAACUGGGGAUUGUGUGAUGGAGAGAAAAACAGACAUUAACCCCCCACUAAAGAAAAAAUAAUGUUUUUUUUUCAGUCAGUAACUUGGAAAUGAAGAUUCCAGGGAAUAAUCAAUAUUUCCAAUGGACAUUCUUCUUUAGAAAGCUAAUUAUAAAAAUUAUGCAAGCUACUCUCCAGGCUGAUUUGAGGUGAGCUUAGUCCAGAGUAAUUAUAGCUGUGGCCCAUAAGUGGGAAACCAAUUUGGCCUAUUGUGCUUCUACACCAUUUUGAAUUGAAAAGAUAAAACUAUUCUCCUCAUUGCAUUGGGAAUCCGUUGACAAUUGAAAAGGCAUUUAUAUGAUGAAAUGGAUUUUCAGGGUUCUGUACCUUAGGGACUAAAGGGUUCUGUAAUAAAAAAAAAAGCAACAAAUGGAAAAUGUACUAUUUUAAGUGACAAAUGGAAUAAAUCAAAGGUGACUUAAGAAUCAAAA